GCGGCACAGGCAGGAUGGGCAGGUCCAGCUUCCAUCGGAUAUUUCCACUUUGUACAGAGGCCCCACGGCAGGGGCAGAUGAGCUAGCCUCGACGUGCAUUCAGAUCCUCACAGCCCCUCUCACCCCUGCCUCCACUUCCAGAUUCAGGGGUCGCUUCUGCGGCCCCAGCUGCCUCUCCCUUCCUCUCACUUGGCCUUGCCCUCUGCCCAGCGCCCUAGGGUACAGUUAACGGACCCCACCCUUGCUGGCCUCCCAGCUCAGUGGGCAGGGCCCAACUGCGUAUAAAGCCGCAGGUGCUCUGCGAACCACUUACACAGAGUGCCCUAGCUGCAGCCCCUUAACAUCUUCUGUUCCGGCCCUGGGCAGGUCGCCCUGGUAACCAGCAGUUCAGCCAAUCAGCACCUGGUACUACGCCUGCUCUUUCUCUUCGCCUCCCCCCACGCCGCUGGAGCCAUGGCAGUGAGAAGAGUCCUGAUUGUACUGGCACACCCAGAAAAGACAUCAUUCAACUAUGCCAUGAAGGAGGCUGCUGUAGAGACUCUGAAGAGGAAAGGAUGGGAGGUGAUGGUGUCUGACCUGUACGCCAUGAACUUCAACCCAAUUGCUUCCAGAAAAGACAUCAUAGGUAAACUGAAGGAUCCUGAGAACUUUCAGCUUGCUCCCGAGACUGCUCUAGCCUACAAAGAGGGCCGCUUGAGCCCAGAUAUCGUGGCUGAACAGAAGAAGCUGGAAGCUGCGGACCUUGUGAUAUUUCAGUUCCCACUGUAUUGGUUUGGAGUGCCUGCCAUUAUGAAAGGCUGGAUUGAGCGUCUGUUUGUACCAGAUUUUGCCUACUCAUAUGCUACCAUGUACGACAACGGGCCCUUUCGGAAUAAGAGGGCCUUGCUUUCUACUACCAUGGGGAGCAGUAGUGGCAUGUACUCUCUCCACGGCAUCCACGGGGACAUGAACGUCUUUCUCUGGCCACUUCAGAGUGGCAUUCUGCAUUUCUGUGGCUUCCAAAUCUUGGCGCCUCAACUGGCAUACAGCAUCGGACACACAUCAUUGGAAGACCGAACUCAGAUCCUGGAAGGAUGGAAGAAACGCCUGGAGACUAUUUGGGAUGAGACACCCCUGUAUUAUGUUCCAAGCAACCUCUUUGACCUAAACUUCCAGGCAGGAUUCUUACUGAAAAAAGAGGUUCAGGAAGAGCAGAAAAACAACAAAUUUGGCCUUACUGUGGGCCAUCACCUGGGCAAGUGCAUCCCACCUGACGGCCAGGUCAAAGCGAGAAAAUAAGAAUUUUUUUUUUUGUAAUUUUCCCUUUGUUCCCUAAGGAUAGGAAAAGAAGCAGGCUCUCUUCAUACUUUUUCACAUAGAUCUGUCAUCAAAUGUAACUGAUUCUUACCGACUACUAUUAUGGCAGAUAACUGAAACAGGGUUAGAAGCCAGAGCCUACUUGGGAUAGGAAGCAGUGAGAGGUGCAGAAAUCCGCCAGAAAAUGCUUCUGAAGGUCAUCUACACAAUUCCACUUCUUUCCUGAGUGCUAACUCGGGCUAGAUAGCAUCCAACUCUCCAAUAAUUACCUCCCCGUGGUUUACAGCUGGAGAGAGUUGCUCAGAAAAAAAUGCUGACUGGGCCUGUCGCCUGAAAGGACUUGCCUCUUUAGUAAAGCUAAUCUUGUUUAUGAUAUACAUUGACUUCAAUUACAGUGCAAUGACUAAUAUGCCUCACAGAAGUAUUUUGCUUCAGAUUUUCUCUUUUUUUUGUACACAGAACACACACAUACUUUGAAAUUAAUACUUAAUAAAAGUCUCUGUCUCCUCUAAUUGUGUCUGAAGAAAUAAACAU